UUCUGUAUCUCCUCUUGGUUCAUAACUGCUGGUUAGUUGUACUCAAAGGCAAAGAUAUGACUGAAGGAGGAUGAAUCAUGCCAAACUGUGUCCCUGAAAUCCUCUGAUAGAGAAUAGCAAUAGAAGCAGACCUCAGGAACCAUUUCUUGGAAGUAUGCAGUCUCCACGUGAAAAUUGGACGUUGGUGACAGAAUUUGUCUUGAUAGGCUUCACAGGCAUCCAGGAGGCAUGGUUGCCUCUCUUUGGCUUCUUCCUAAUCAUGUACUUGCUAACCCUGAUGGAAAAUGGCAUCCUGAUCUUAGCUGUAGCCACAGAAAAGCGCUUACACACCCCCAUGUACUUUUUUCUCAUCCAUCUCUCAUUCUUGGACAUUUGGUAUACUUCUCUCACUGUGCCCAAAAUGCUGGCUGGGUUUGGAUAUCCAGCAGGUCAGAAGAUCUCUUAUUCUGCCUGCUUGACUCAACUUUACCUCUUCACUUUCUUGGGCAGUACAGAGUGUUUCUUGCUGGCAGCCAUGGCCUACGACCGCUAUGUGGCUAUUUGUAUUCCUCUGCGGUACCAUGAGAUUGUAGAUCAAAACACCUGUCUGAUUCUGGCAAUUGGCUCAUGGUUAGCUGGUUUUCUUACCCCAGUGCUGCCUGUUUAUUUCAUGUCACGGUUGACAUUUUGUGGCCCCAAUGUGAUAGAUCACUUCUUCUGUGAUGCUUCACCACUCCUUAUUCUCUCCUGCAGUGACAUUUCACUGAAGGAAUCAAUAGACUUCUUGGUCUCUCUUUUGGUACUGUUGAUCUCCUCUUUGGUUAUUAUAAUAUCAUAUGUUCAUAUUAUCAUUACAGUGCUCAAAAUUAACUCGCUGGCGGGACGGCAACGAGCCUUUUCAACCUGUACUGCCCAUUUAAUGGUAGUGGCUGUUUUUUAUGGGACACUCUUCUUUAUGUAUGUCCGUAUCAAAGUUACUUCCUCAAUUAAUCUCAACAAGGUGGUGUCAGUCUUUUAUGCAGUAGUCACACCUGUCCUUAAUCCUCUAAUCUACAGUUUAAGAAAUACAGAAGUGAAGGGUGCUUUAUAUAGAAUUAUUUCUGAGAAAAAACCAGUUGUAAUGUGACAUCAGCGAUAAAAGAAGCAUUCAUAUUAUUAUUAUGGCUUUUGGGAAGAGCUAAGGGAAAGCAAGAUUAGUUCAGAAUCACUAAUAAUAUGCCUCUUGUUUAUUCAAUUUCUUGGGAUUAUAGAGAAUGGAAGCGACUGCUCAAUUUUAGCUGGAGAUUCUUUUAAUUUUGAGUGCCAUUUUUAUAGACGCUGAAACAUUUCACAGUAUUGUCAUUUAUACAAAAUUGUUAUCAGGAAAAUAGCUGGGCCAAAUGAGAAACUAUUAGAAUAGUGGCAGGAAAACAUUUUGUAUUACUUUUUAUAACGUAUUUUUUUCUUUUCCAAAGAGAAUCCUAGGCGUUUUAUCAGGAAAAUAAAAUUACUCCAAAGUUGAGAACCAAAACAAGCGUGAGUAAUAUAUCAAACACUACAAGCAAUAGCAUCAUAACAUCAUUGCAUGCCUUAUGAUCAGCACUGUCAUCACUGCAGAAUUUUAGAGUAGAGGUCCUGGGUCCCGUUCUGCUGAACAAAUAUAGGAACCCUGCAUACAUUAGGACAGGCUCACAGUAUUUUGAAGUAAAUGCAGUAGUACAUUUAUCACUUCAUGAACUCCCCUAAAUUAAAUAAUUAAGCUCAGAGUUGAAAUCACCAAAGUGCAACAGUGUUAGCUAUGAUAGGUGUUGCCAUCUGAUGUAGAUACAGUACCAGUUCUGGUUGUGGCAAUGAGAAUAUAAGGUCUGACCUGAUCUGCUCAGAUAUGAAAGUAAAGGUGGUGGCUUUCCAGCAGACUUGUUAGUGUUCUGAGGAACAAUCUAUUAGACUUCUGGCACAUCAAUUUUCAUAUCCUAUUGUUUUAUUUUUGUGGAAACCUAGUCUUGAAAUUGGAAUUUACGCAAAGGAAGGCUCAUUUCAUUCUUUGCAUCUUCUUGAAUAUAGGGUGAUACACUUCUUUAUCAUGUAAGUCAGAGGUCCCCAACCUUUUGGGCACCAGGGACCGGUUCUGGAGAGAGGUUUUUCCACGGACUGCAGGGUGUGUGGAUUUGUGUGCUGCCUGCAUCCUGCAGAUGGGGCUUUGCUUGUUUGCUGGUUGCUGGCAUGCCAUGGCCCCAUACUGGUCCAUGGACCGGGGGUUGAGAACCCCUGAUGUAAGUAACAAUAAUUCUACUAAUAUGUGAGAUUUAUAGGUUAAGUGAAAUAGUGAUCUCACUAUUUGCUGAAGUCAUCAAAGUGAUCUGAUUUGGAAGGGGAAUUUAAAGCUAAUGUGGGUGUUAUAAGCCUUAACUAGUCUGCUUGCUUAGUGUCUUUAGGAAUUUUUUAUCAGUCAUUUUUCAUUUUCAUCAGAGUAUGCUUGUUUAAUUCCAUAGAUUUCUAAAGACAAAUGUACUUCAGCAUUAUAAAAAACCCUCUGCUCCAUCAAAAUUAUUUUAACAUUAACAUUAGAAUCUUUUGGGGAUGGUUGUGUGCCAUCUUGAACUGUAUCUCUUUAGUCUAUUGUUUAUUUGGUCUAGGUCAGUGAUGGCGAACCUUUUAGAGACCGAGUGCCCAACUGCAACCCAAAACCCACUUAUGUAUUGCCAGAUGCCAGGUGGGCAUGGCCCAUUGGGUG